GCUUUAUUUUAGUUUUCCAAUGUUUUGUGCCAACCAAAUUAUCCAGAAAUAUAUAUUUUAAAAAAACAAUUUUUUGUCACAAAUGGGAUUCUCUAAUAAUCCAAUAAUCAAAGAGUUUUAGAAGGAAUAUUCUGAGAGGUUAUCGGUAGAUCCGCAGCAUAUGAUGCUAUCAAACAACACAGUAUAAUGUACCCAGAAACACUCCCCACUUCCAUCUCAUAAUUUUUUUUGAAGAUUUGUUUCAACUGAUAGAUAACCCAUAAUUUUGGGACGCAUAAAGUUGAAAAAAAGUUGAAACAAGGGGAUCUAGAGAAGUGGACUUAUUGUUUGAGGGCAAAAGCAAUGAGCUUAACAUGCUUUGCCCCUCUCUUGUUUCUGUCAUUCAUUCUUGGGUGUGCUGCGAGGCCUUUCUAUCCACUUCCUAGUAAAAUAUCCAAUCAAAAUAGACAGCCUAUGCAAACUUCACGUCCGUAUAAUAUCGCACAUAGAGGUUCAAAUGGAGAGAUCCCUGAAGAAACGGCUGCUGCAUACAUGAGAGCAAUUGAAGAGGGUGCAGACUUUAUAGAAACAGAUAUCCUAUCAUCUAAAGAUGGUGUCCUUAUAUGUUUUCAUGAUGUUAUCCUCGACCUGACAACUGAUGUUGCUAAUCACAAAGAGUUUGCAAAUCGUAAAAGGACAUACAAUGUUCAAGGGUUCAACGUCACAGGCUUUUUUACUGUUGACUUCACGCUAAAAGAAUUAAAGAAGUUACGGGUGAAGCAACGGUACAAUUUCCGGGAUCAGCAGUAUAAUGGAAAGUUUUCCAUUAUUACUUUUGAGGAGUUCAUUUCAAUUGCACUGGAUGCACCAAGAGUUGUUGGAAUUUAUCCCGAGAUUAAAAAUCCUGUGUUAAUCAACCAGCAUGUAAAAUGGCCGAAUGGAAAGAGAUUUGAGGACAAGUUUGUGGAGACACUUAGGAAGUAUGGAUAUAAAGGUUCAUACAUGUCGAAAGAUUGGUUAGAAAAGCCGAUAUUUAUACAGUCCUUUGCACCAACUUCACUUGUGUACAUAUCAAAUCUUACCAACUCGCCAAAGAUCUUCUUGAUCGAUGAUGUCACAAUGCCAACUCAGGACACUAAUCAGUCAUAUUGGGAAAUUACAUCAGAUCCUUAUCUUGACUACAUUAAGGAAUAUGUCGUCGGCAUUGGACCUUGGAAAGAUACGGUUGUUCCUGUAAAAAACAAUUACUUACAACCACCAACAGAUCUUGUUGCUCGAGCACAUGCCCAGGAUCUACAGGUUCAUCCGUACACAUACCGCAAUGAAAACAUGUUUUUACACUUGGAUUUCCAUCAAGACCCGUACGUGGAAUAUGAUUAUUGGUUAAACAAGAUCGGAGUUGAUGGUCUAUUUACGGAUUUCACAGGGAGCCUCCAUAAUUUCCAGGAAUGGACAUCGCCUCUCUCACAAAAGGAUAGUGACAAUGCAUCUAAAUUGGUGGAUAAAAUUGCCUUGUUGAUCUCUUCUUAUAGGAAAGGAUAGAUUGUAUCAUAUAUUUAUAUCAUCCUAAGAACAUAUCCAUUGAGAUUUAUUCACUCCAAGGCAUAAUAAGCACAUCUUAAUUCAGGUUGAGUUUAUGCACUGAAGUGUGUAAGUUUUAAGAAGUCCUCCUUUCGAAUUUUCAAUUUUUUUUUUCUGGAAAAUGUAUGUGAUGACACUACUGAACAUAGAUAUUACUCUCUAGGUUCAUAAAUAAAAAUAAUAAUAAAAAUAAAUAUUAAACA